AUGGAUCGAGUGGAUUCAAUCAAAAUUGAUCCUAUUAGAGAUCUCUCUAGAAAGCCUUACCAAGACACAGAUACCUCUUUUUUCAUUGCCACUUUGGAUCACUGGCGUGAAAUCAAUCUUUCCAAGAAUUUCAUUGACUUAGUGGAUCUUGUUGAUCCUAUUUCUCAGUCAUUGCCUGAAAUCAUCUUCCAUCAAAAGGUGAUCUUUGCUUCUCUUGAAAAGGCCCUUCUAUUGAACGACUCUCUUUCUUUACAACCCAUUCUCGAACUUCUUUCUCAGUUUUGUCAUGAUUUGGGUCCCGAUUUUGUCAUAUAUUAUGAACGGACCCUCGAUAUUAUAGAUACUAUUGCUGUCACUCAAGAAGAUUCAGAUUCUUUGGAGCUGAUAUUCAAUGCUUUGGCAUAUAUCUUCAAGUAUCUAUCAAGACUCAUAUCCAAGGAUCUUAUUCCUACAUUCGUCAAGUUACUUCCUUUGCUAACUUUACAACACAAGGAUUAUGUGACCAAAUUCGUUUCUCAAGCAAUCUCUUUUCUUGUCAGAAAGGCCCCAACAGACAGCUUGACAAAAUUCAUAGGUCAUUGUUUUAAUACGUUGAGAGAUUUGAAGGACAACGAUUUAAAUGCCGAUCAUAGUUCUUUCCAUAGAGGUUUGGUUGUAAUAUUUUCGCAGUCAUUAUGUGCUGCUUCAGGAAACUUACACUCCAAGUCGAAGCUGAUCCUCAGACCGCUCACGGAAUCUGCCAUUCUUUCUCCUUUGUACGAAUCAGCUCUAGCCGAUAUUAUCAUGGAAACACUUCAUCAUACAGAGUCUCAAGAGCAGGCAAGGCCUUUGUAUGACUCUAUUAUUGAGGUCAUUCAUGCCAAAUUGGCCGAUGACGAGGAUCUUGACUUUCAGUAUUUGACCUCCAUCGCCCAAGUAAUGCUUACUUUAUCAUUCGCCGAAAGUGGUAGAAAGGUAUCAUCUUGGAAGGACAUCAUUGGUGUUUUUGAAGCUUUGUAUGAAGCCUCUCUCAAAGUAGUCAUCAACGAUGAUCAAAACGCAGAUGAAGACAAAACAAUGUUUGGGAAUUCUAUGGCUCAAUGGGCCGCUAUUCUGAUGAGAAACAUCGAUUCUACAGUUCUUGCCGGAAAUCAUGUGCCGAUUUUUACUGUUAUGUCAAAGUUGGAUGAUGGAUCUAAAUUUGUUUCAUUUGUUGAUUUGGCUACUGAUUUAUCAAAGGACAAAGUUAUACAAUACUGUAGAGACUAUACUACGCAAUUCGUGAUUUCUCAUUGGAAGUUGCAUUACAAGGCUAUUGGAUUCUUUCUUGCUAGAAUGAAUGAAAAGAAAUUGAUAGCUGUUGAUGAUCACGACGAGAAUGUUCUACACAAGCUCAGAAUCGUCAUACCUUCAGAAUUUAGACAGUUUAUUCUUUCCAGGUUGGAACAUCUGGUGGAAUGCCAGACCAGUUUAUCAAAUGCAGAUCUCUCGGACUGCUCAUGGAGGUUAUUGAUAUUAGAAAAUACCAAUGUUCAAGUUUCUGCUUCGCUUUUAGGUAAACUACUCUCACUUCUGCAGCAGAACUCUAGGGAGUUGUACACUGCAGAUCUUUCGGGCUUUCUUAUAGGUGUUAUGGCCAGACAAAAUGAUCUUAUAGACUCUGAGUAUUUCGAUGCUAUAUCCAGCUGUAUUCCCAACUUCUCUGCUGAUGUGUUAAGCGUUUCCUUUUUAUUGAAUCUUCAGAAGCUUUUGACACGGUUAAAUGUUGAAAAGGCAUUGAAGAGUGCAAAAUUGAUCAAAGAGAACAAACAACUCUUGAUUUCAACCCUCGCCGGAAACUUAAAGACCCCAAGUCAUAUCAUCAGAGAACUCUCAUUGAAAAAUAUCAUUGCUGUAUGUACUAUAGCCGAUCCAGAAGGUACUCCUUUUGCUAUAUCUAGUUGCCUAGUCAUAGAACAAAUUCCCCUGGAUAUGCAGCAUAGCAGAGAUAUACCUCUUCAUUACAGACAAUUAAGCAAGCAAUUUGCGUCCGAGAGACCCUCCCUCCUUCUUGAUCAGGUUUUGUCAAACUUUGCGUUUGGGCAAUUGACCGUCAGAUUCUCACCAACUUGGGAAGGUGUCUUUGAGUUUUUAGCGCCAGUAUGGGGUAAAAUUAAGGACUGUCUUUGGGAAAAUGCCUUUAAAUUUAUCUCCACUCGGUUUGAUGAUUUGCCUGAUAUUACGUAUUUUGAUUAUGACACCGAAGCUUUUACUAAUACGAGUGAUAUGAAUGGGUGGCACCCACAGGAUCAGAGGGUACUCACCAAUUUGCAGAUAUCUGAGAAUUUGCUACAGAAAUAUGAAAUUCCUAUUCAAUCUAUAAUUGAGUUUGGUGAUGCCAAGGCUGAAGAUGUCAAACCUACUAUAUUCUAUCGGCUUCAGGCAAUAAAGCUCUUAAAUAGACUUCCCGAUAUUGCAGAGCCACAUUUCAGGUUACUACUUCCCUAUGUUAUCAAUGCGGACAUGGAUGAUCCGACUCCUAUCGAUAGUACUGUGGGAGUUAGCGAAUCCAUCCUAAAAGGAUGGACAACACAUGACAGAAAUGCUCUAAUUGAGCUUUUAUCAAAAUUCAAGAAAUUAGAUGAAGCUUAUGGUAUUGAUCAAGUGAAGUCUCUUCUUUUGCGCCUUUUGAUGAAUAAGAUGCCUAACGUACAGACGCUUGCCUUGAAGUGCUUGCUGAAUUUACACCAUCCCGUAUACAACAGGUAUAAGGAUAAUUUGGAAAGCUUGUUGGACAACACCCUUUUCAGAGACGAGGUAAUCCAACUUUUACAGAGUGAUACUGAGAAAGGUAUAUCAAGUGACGAUGUCCAGGCAUUAAUGCCUCUUGUAUUGAGAAUAUUGUUUGGACGUGCCUUGACAGCAAAGACGAGUGGUACUAAGCAGGGACGUAAGUCUGCGGCCAUCAAGGCCGUCGAAGGAUUAAAGCCUUUUUACAUUCGAGAAUUUCUGAAGCUUUCAUUUUCUAAGAUUGAAUUUGAGGACUCUCUGGGGAACAUAAGCCUUAUCAAAACGGAUGAAAUAAAUCUAAGAAUGUUGAGAAACAUCAAUGGAUUUUUCCACAUGGGGCUUGAGGUUACCGAUGCCCUCAAAAGACGAAACUCUGAGUGUUUUUCGACACUCAUCAACCCAUUGAUCUUCUCGUUAUGUGUUUCAGAGGAAGUUAUUCAACAUCCCGAGAAGCAUGAAGAUCUUCUUGAGAAGAUGGCCAGAAACAAUAGAAAAGCCGGAUUCAAACUUCUCUAUAAAAUAACAGAUUAUCUUGGUGAAGACUUUGAUUGGUCUCCAUACAGUGAUAUCAUCUAUGAAAGUCUCAUUAGGCCAAAGCUUACUGACAAGUUUGCCCAAGAGAAUUUGCAAGGAGUCUCUUCUUUUAUGGGAUUAAUGACGUCUCUUUGGACAAGAAAAAACCUUCAAUACUUCUUUUACUACGAUGACUUUCUUGCUGCGAAGUCUUUACUUCAAAUUCUUCCUAACCCUAAUGCCAGAGAGUCUUCUUUGCUUGCUGUUUUAAGGUUUGUCAACGCCUUGAUCGAGAGCGGGUCUCAGGACGAAAAAUAUGUAUCACUCGUCACCGAAGUGAUUUCUUCUUGUCUUGAUUCCUUGGUAUCCGUAUUUGAAAACUGCCCAAAUAAGGAAGUGAGUAGUCUUGCCGUUCAUAUUCUUCUCCUGUUCACUUCGAACGACUAUAUCACAGAUAACGAGUCCAAAAGGAGCCUUAUUGGAUCCCUCACAUCUGCUCUUCAAAGACCUCGAUCUCAGAUAGAUCUAAUUGUUAGAGAGGACAUAGUCAACAUUCUUAGUAUGCUGGUGAAAAAUUACCAAUCAUCUUUGACAGAUAUUCUUCCCUUAUACAAAGGUGUGGCUCAACUUUAUGAGGACUACUCAGAACGUAACAUGAGAACGAGAGUGAGUGAGUUGUUUGAAAGUAUCAGUGGCAACUACGACGAGCUUAGAAGAGUCGGUCGACUUGUCUCUGACUUGAACGCUUACUCCACAAAAAAAGUCAGAGAACCCGAUUAUGAAAGAAGACUUAAUGCAUAUCGGCAGAUCAACAAUGGUGAUUAUCUCAACUACUCUGCUUUGGAGUGGAUACCUCUUCUCCACGUGGCACUUUUCUUCAUUAAUGACGAAGAAGAUCAGGCCAUGUCAUCUUCUGCGUCCUACACUCUUAUUCGAUUUGUGGAUUGCUUCUCUGCUAAGGAAACCGCUGAAGAAGCUGCGGAAUACGUAAAUUUACUGAGGGACCUUGUCAUUCUCAAUGUUCGCCUAGGAUUGAGAAAGGAAAACGAGAGCGUUCGUAUUGAAUACUUAAAGGUGGUGUCGCACAUUGUGUCUCAUUCUAAGUAUUACGAUGACUUGGCCGAUAUGAAAGUUUUACUUUAUGGUGGCGACGAGGAAGAUGAUUUCUUCCAGAAUAUAAUUCAUCUUCAGAUUCUCAAAAGACAGAAAUGCGUGAGAGAUUUGAUUCCAAUGGCGGGUCAAUUGAAAAGUACCACAAUUGCCCAUUAUAUAUUACCUCUUCUUGAGCAUUAUUCUAUCUAUACGGAGGAUAAGUUUAGAAAUCUUGCCCAUGAUUCCAUUGAAACUGUGGGUUAUUUGGCUCCGCAUCUAACUUGGCAUCAAUUCAGGGCUAUCUUUGCUAGAUACGUUCACAUCAUGACCCUUGCCAGAAUUAGAGGACAACCAGAAAGAUUAAGGGAUUCCGUUAGGUUGGUUGUGAUGUUCUGUAAAGCAAUGCAGACUUGGUCCGAAAAUGAACAGUUGAAGCCCGAAGAUUAUCCAAAGGAGGAACAGAUAGACAACUAUGUUAUUGAAGAAGUACUACCUGCACUAAAGAAGUGCUUGACUGUGAGAAAUGAGGAUACUGUUGUUAACAGAGUUCCCCUAUCCGAGGCUAUGGUUUCUUUGGUUAUGUCUUGUACGGAGGCCAGAAUGAACUCUGAGUUGCCCGGAGUGUUGACAGGAAUCUGCCAGAUUUUAAGGGCUAGAUCCGAGGAGUUGAGAGACGCAGUGAGAAAGCAUCUCGGAAGAAUUGCAGCUGGCUUGGGACCAAACUACUUGAAGUUUAUUUUCAAAGAGUUAAAAGGUGCGUUAACUAGAGGACCUCAAGUGCAUAUCUUGGGAUUUACGAUUCACUACUUGUUAGUAAUCAUGGAGAAACAGUUAAAGCACGGAGAUCUUGGUGAGUCGGCGGAUAUUAUUGUUGCUUCAAUUAUGGAAGAUUUGUUUGGAGAAGCAUCGGAAGAGAAGGAAGCCGAAGGUUACAGUAAUAAGACCAAAGAGAUCAAGCACAAUAAGAGUUACGAUACUGGCGAGUUGAUAGCUGAGAAUAUCAACUUGAAAGAGUUCUCACAUUUGCUUACACCUAUAAAGUACUUACUUCGUGAAAGGCUAUCAUUGAAAACUCAGAACAAGCUUGAUCAGUUAUUACGGAAUUUUUCUAUGGGUCUUGUCAAGAAUGAGGAAUCAAAGUCUAAGGACAUCAUAGUCCUUUGCUACGAACUCUAUAGCGAAGCUCUUCAGUUUGUGGAGGAGAAUAGUAAGAGAAAGGAGAAGCAAACAAAUGAGAAGGAGGAUUACUUCAUGGUUCAUCUUGAUGCUAGACCACAGAAAACAAAGGUGGAAUACUCGGCAUAUGUGAAGACGAUGCAGAAAUUCUCGUUUGAAUUGUUGAGGAUAAUGAUUAAUAAGCACGAGGAGUUGUUUAAAGUUGGCUACCUAACUGAGUUCGUUCCGAUUUUGGUGUCCAGUUUAGACUCCGAUGACGAGAGAGUCAUUAUAUCUGCUUUAAAGGUGUUAACUUUACUUGUGAAAAUGAAGUUUUCGGAGGAUGUAGAUGUGCUGUUUACUAGCGCUGCCAAAAGUGUGCUUAUAAUGCUCAAAGACAUGCCCAGUACCAACAAUGAAUUGGCACAGAACUGUUUGAAGUUUUUGAGUUCUGUGAUCAGAAACAAGGAGGACUUGCAGUUGAAGUCUUCUGCGUUAAGUUAUAUUUUGAAGAAGGUGGAGCCAGAUUUGGACGAGCCACAGAGGCAAGGUGUUGCGUUUGGAUUCUUGAAGAGCGUUAUUUCGAAGCAUUAUAUGUUGGCUGAAGUCUAUGAUACUAUGGACGUCGUUUCAAGAAUCAUGGUGACGAGCACGUUUGAGGAAAUCAGACAGGUCGCUAGAAGCGUUUUCUACACGCUUUUGAUGGAAUACGAUCAGAGUCGUGGAAGAUUGGAGAAGCAAUUCAGAAUUUUGAUUGAUAAUCUUCGAUAUCCUGCUCAGACAGGCCGAAUGUCAGUUAUGGAAUUAAUUCAUCUAAUUGUUAACAAGUCUGGGAAACAGUUAUUGGAGAAACUUUCUUCAUCCUUUUUUAUGGCUUUGGCAAAUGUGGCAAUCACAGAUGAUGCCCCUUCUUGCCGAAAGAUGGCAUCUGAGAUUAUUGCAUCAAUGCUUGUUAGAAUGAAGAAGCUGUCAAUUGAUCUGGAAUUUGUGAACAAGUUCACAGUUGCCUGGCUGAGGCAAAAUAAAAAUGCUCUUCUAACGAGAUGCGGUCUUAAUGUCUACAAACUAUACGUGAUGUCUUUGGGAUUCAAAGAGAAUCCUGAGUUGAAUGCCACUGCUAUUGAUUUGAUCACCAAAUCUUUGGGAUUGGCAAGAAAGCCAGACGAGAACGAGGAAGAAAGCAACGAGAGUAGCGAAGAGGUCAACUGGCAGAUGGUUUAUCUAUCAUUAUCCACUGUCGAGGAAUUGUACAACGUUGACAAAGCAGCUCUAUUUGGCACUGGAUUUGAAGAGAUAUGGACAUAUAUUGUUGAUGCAUUAUUGUAUCCUCAUUCUUGGGUGCGGCUUCUAUCUUCAAGGAUAAUUGGCUAUUUGUUGGAAGAAGUAGUGAGCAAUGCUGCUGAUGAAAUGGUGAAAUUUGAAAUUUCGGACUUGAUGCUACAAACGGUGGCCUAUCGUACUUUCCGACAGUUAGGUGCACCUAAUGUGUCGAAACAAGUGGCUGAUCAGGUGGCUAAGAAUCUCGUCGUUGUCUCGAAAAAAUGGAUCAGAGACGAGACUCCGUAUAUCGAGGCAAGCGCCCAUAAGGAAGUAGAUGUGGUGAGGCACUUUGAUAGUGCAUUUGAUUGGGCCAUCAACAGAUGUUCUGCGAUUUUGAAGAACGAAUCAAGACCAAAUAAAGAGAUGCUUGUUGCUAAGAAAGCCAUCAUUCAAUAUUGUGGUUUCUUGACAUCGGUAUUAACCGAGGAGAAGCUAGCAAAGAUGGCUAGCGAGCAGAUUCUCGUGCCUUUGAUCAAUCUUUCCGGGCGAUCCGUUCUCUAUGAAGACGAUGCCAAUAACUCGCUGCCGGAACUGGCCCAUAAGUGCAUGAGCUUGAUUUCUGAGAAGUUGGGUGUCUCAAACUACAACUUUCUUUACGCAGAAUCCAAAAGGAUUAUUAUGGAGAGAAGAAGUGAGAGGAAGACAAAGAAGGCCCAACUAGCUUUGAAUAACCCAGAGGCUUCGGCUAGGAGAAAGUUGAAGAAACAUAUGAAGUUUAGAAAGAAGAGGAAAAACAACAAGGACGAAAACGGUUUGUACAGACCAAAGAAGAAGAGAAGAAUGUAA